AUGUCAAGUAAAUGUAGUGCGGGUAUACUAGGCUCCUUUGUGGCUUGCAUUGCGGACUGUUUUCGUGGCUGUUGCUUUUGUAAAAGGAGUGAAUUUGACGAGGAACUCGAUCCUCCAGUCAGACUUAUAGUGAGAAACAAACUAUCGACAGUUCCCCUAGUCCUUGACGUUCUGGUGCCCAAUAAGAAUACAUCCAUAGAAAGAGGAACUACUUUGGGCUCUAGCUACAACAAAAUUACGGCAAACGAAGGCUUUUAUUUUUCUUCUGUUAGGGAAGGCAGUGUUUCUAUCUGGACUGCAAAGGAGAAUGAAACAUGCACAAAUGUAGAAGCAUUCCCACUGGAGGAGUCAACCAUAUUUUUUCUCAAUAUAAAAAGCGGCGAUGAUUUCCAGUCAAAGUAUUUUAAACGGACCAACACUUCAGUGCAUUCUAUAGAGGGCAGGAAGUUUUACGAGAUGCUCAAUGGAGCAGAGAAGGAAGAAGGGAAGAAUGCCAAGAGGAGCAUGGGAAUUUUGGCAAUUUCUGCAGGCUUAAUGAGUCGUAGUAAACGGAAUAAGGAGCGAAAAGCUCCCCGUAACUAUGGCUCUGAUUUUGGAUCCAUGGAUUCGUUAGAGUGGGAGUCAAGAUCCACGAGAAUUAGUGAUUCAGAACCUGUUCUUGAUAUUGCAAAUCCAGACCCCUCAGCCUUUACUGUAACAGAUGACGUAAUUUACAGAGUAAACUACAAGACCUUUACUCCAAGAGGAGAUCGUAAUCUGGAGGUCAUUGUGGAUGGUGGAAGCUAUGUCUGGGCCUCCAAUAGCUUCGAGGAAGUAUCCACAAGUGCGUACCUUUUCUCUAGAGACGGCUAUCCCUCCCUUCUAAGUGUAUGUACAAGGGAAACCAAGUCAUGUGACGCGAUCUGUUUCGAGAGGCAUGGAAACUUUUGGAAAAGAAUAAAGAAGAAAGUUUUUGAGAGCAGACUCCGAUCCAUGAAGGACUUUUCUGUACCUGCUGGUGAAGAGCAUGAGACUCUAACCACUGAAAACAAGUGA